AUGCUCGAAACAUUUCUCAUAAUUUCUGCAUUGGCAUUCAUCAAUGCCGACAGCAUUACUGAAGACAUUCAGUUCCUAAAUGAACUGCCUUUAGAUAAACUAAUGAAGUUGAAGAAUUCAUUACAAGAAUUGGUGACAACCGAGUUAGAUAAUGUAACGUCAACAACACCUACUUAUUCGAGCGGUUUCGGAGCUCAAGCCAUGGCGAUUCAAGGACCGCCCAUAAAGAGAGGUGAUUGGGAAGAGAGUGUUUGGAAAAAGGGAAGCCAUAGCAAAAUUAGUAACAUCUUCUCUAUGUCGGUGACGACACUGGCUUUUUUAGCCUUUGGAGGAUAUUUGUUAUGUUUAAUUGUUCACGCGAUAAAGCAGAAGCAAAUGUAUUUUCCAGCUACAACUGUGCAACCUACUACAUUCUUCGUUAGUGCUGGUAUAAAGAAGAGACCGCAAGCACAAUUCGCUGCGUAUGGAAGGAGAAGGAGGGAGAAUAGAGACGUAAGGAGUUUGAAACAAAUUGAAUUGCCUCCUGAACAGUUAUUUUCCGCGUUAAUGCGACUUUGUGAAGGGUACGCGAAAUGGAGUGAGAGAUAUGGAAAUGCUACAUCUUGA